GGAUCGUCCAUCUCUGAGUCUAGGGUUUCCACCUAAAAAGUAUAAACCCGAAGACGUGCUGUGUCUCUAGAGCGCUCGAGGGACGACGACUGAGGCAGGGGAGACGUUCGCGGGGAGGAGGAGAAGAGUAGCUGCGGCGGUCAUUCCUGAGCCAAAAUGGCGCGAGGGUUGAAGAAGCAUUUGAAGAGGCUCAAUGCCCCCAAACAUUGGAUGCUUGACAAAUUGGGAGGGGCUUUUGCACCCAAGCCAUCUUCUGGGCCACAUAAGAGUCGUGAAUGCUUGCCCUUGAUACUUAUCAUAAGGAACAAGCUAAAAUAUGCAUUGACAUAUCGUGAUGUUGUCUCAAUCCUGAUGCAGCGUCUUGUAACUGUGGAUGGAAAAGUACGAACUGACCAAAAGUACCCUUGUGGGUUUAUGGAUGUUGUGUCUAUUCCAAAAGUAAAUGAGAAUUACCGGCUGCUUUAUGACACAAAGGGUCGUUUCCGCUUACAGUCUAUCAAAGACGAAGAGGCAAAGUUCAAGCUUUGCAAAGUCAGGUCGGUGCAAUUUGGACAGAAGGGCAUUCCUUAUCUGAACACUUAUGAUGGCCGAACCAUUCGUUACCCAGAUCCACUUAUCAAAGCUAAUGAUACCAUUAAGCUUGAUAUUGAAUCAGGCAAAAUAGUUGACUUCGUUAAGUUUGAUGUUGGAAACGUAGUGAUGGUGACUGGUGGUAGAAAUCGUGGUCGAAUUGGUGUGAUCAAGAACCGUGAAAAGCAUAAGGGGAGCUUUGAAAUUAUCCAUGUCCAAGAUGCUGCAGGACAUGAGUUUGCCACGAGGCUUGGCAAUGUGUUCACAAUAGGUAAGGGGACUAAACCCUGGGUGUCUCUGCCCAAAGGCAAGGGUAUCAAGCUCUCAAUCAUUGAAGAAGCCAGAAAAAGAAACGCCGCUGCAGUGGCUGCUGCUUAACUGUUUUCAGUUCGGGACGUUGAGUAUUCUUGACAGUUUUGUUAUCCAUUUUGCCUUUAAUGGUGGAGGCUGUUUUGCAAGACAUUUCUUACUUCUUUUUUUCUCGUUGUUCACAGUUGAAGGAAGUUAUGCUUUUGUAAUUAGGGACAUGAAUUGAGUUCGAAAUUGGAUGACUUUUCCUAUAAGUGGACUAGCUUGAUUCUGUUUUGGCUUUCA